UUCUACCGCCAGCAGAUAUCUACUACUCAUCUUUGGAGUUUCGACCUCGCUGUUGCACAGUUCACAAUCAGUACUACACUGGAGCAACAAUGGUAAAGAUCUUUAUCGGUAACCUCUCUCAGAACACUGAGAAGGAUGAGAUUGAAGCUCUGUUUACUCAGUACGGCACAGUAACAGAAUGUGCCAAGUACAAAAACUAUGCUUUUGUUCACAUGGAAGACCGCAAAUCUGCCACCAAAGCAAUCCGUGAACUGCAUCUUCAUAAGCUGAAUGGCAGACCCAUCAACGUAGAGCCAAGCAGAAGCAAGAACCAGGGCCCCGUGAAGCUUCACGUGGCCAAUGUGGAGAAGGGCUUUGACAAAGAGCUCCGUGACCUGUUUUUGGAGUAUGGCAAUGUCACGGAGUGCUCCAUCGUCAAAAACUUUGCCUUUGUGCAUAUGCCUAAUUCUGACGAGGCUAUGGAUGCCUUGCAGGGCCUGGAUAAUACAGAGUUUCAAGGGAAACGCAUACACGUUCAAAUAUCAAAAAGCAGACCGAGAGGGGAACCAGAGGAGGAGGAGUAUCCACCUCCGCCUGUGAGAGGAGGCUAUUUUCCUCCUCCCUUUCCAGGGGAGAGACCCGAGCCUCCCUACAGAGGCCGCAUGUCCGCUUACCCUCCUCCUCCUCCGCCCCCGCCACCUCCCCCUCCUCCGAGACGAGCAGCGUAUCCUGAUCGUGGCUAUGGCGAUCGAGAACCUUAUGGGGUGGUCGAUUUCUAUGAGAAAUACAGAGCCCGUCCUUACGCCCCGAACUUCGAUGACAGGCGUCCCAGUGCCAUCCCCCCUCCACCCCCUCCUCCCUCUGCAUUGGUUAGGGAGCGUCUCGGAAUGGGCUCUCUUGAUCCGUAUGAGCGGCGUCCACUGCCCGCUCCUGCAGGUUACAUGGCGAGGGAUCGAAGCCCUAUCAGAAGAGCCCCCCCUCCGCCUGCUCCUGCAGCUGGUAAUGGUUACUCCUACGAGCGUUCUCGAUUGUCUCCGAUGUCAAGGGCGCCAAUGUACGCAGUUCCCCGUCCCCGGGAAGCCUACUCGGCGAGAGUGCCGCCGCCGCCACCACCACCGCCGCCGCCUCGCUAUGCAGGCUAUUAAGACACCUCGAGUGUAAUACAAGGUUGUUAGAUUCAGUGCAGGAGAUGCCAGCUCAUGGUAAAUCCUCAGAAGAUGUCCAGCACCCAGAUUAAAACAGGUACAUACUGCUUAAACUGUGGUAUUGCAAUAAAUGAUCACACUUUGUCUUCUUGGAUUCAUACUUUUUCUGCUGUUGCAGUUUUGAAAGUAAAAAAACAAACAAACCCUGGCACUUACAAUAAUGGUAAUAACUUUUAAAAAAAUGCUGUGGUAUUUUGUUUCAAAGCACUUUAAUAUUAAUCUUAAAAGGUGCCAUAUAAAUAACAUUUUACUUAAUAACAUUUUAGCAACACUGUCUCUCUUUGUUAGAAUUGAUUCAUGUAGAUUGAAGGCUUGUUAUGGAGUCUUUGAAUCUGUGUCUUUGUUCACAGACGUGUCUUUCCUCUGGCACUUGCUCCGGGUCUAGAAGUGAAUUCAAAGGGGAUUACAAGCUGGGAAGGACCUGGUUAGAAUGCAGUUUAAGGUAAAGGGACUCUUCUUUGAUCAGUUCAAUUUGUGAACCUUGUUUAAAGUGUCUGCUCUUACAGGGUAUGGAUUUUUGUCCCUCACUGAAAGUUUGAAUGAUUGGUUGAUGAGUUGGAGUGAACAUCAUGGGCGAUGGGACGGCUGUGUCGCUACAUCUCUGCUUUGAUUGGAGGGUAAAAAAAAAAAUGUGGGAAAGAGGGAAAUACGACAACUAAGUGGUUUUCCUAUUUUAAAUGUAAUUGAAAGUUAUUGUAUGUUGCAAUUGACUACAAGGACCUACUUUUUGUCUUUUUUUUUUUUAACUCCCAUUUUCUACCUUUUGAAUUUUAGCUAUUAUGAAAUAAACAAUUUACAUU